GUUCUGGAUGACUCGGUUGUUGCUAGCGUGAGUCCUGAUUAUCUACCAGUGCAAGGAGAGGGCAGGGGCGCAAAAUAAUCAGCAGACGCUGUAGGCUGUGUAGCAGCAAGCUCAGAGCGUCCUGAAAUCAAGAAGAGGGCCACGAAAUUUGGGCAUCAAUUGCUCGAAAGUUGCUUCUGCGCCAGCUCCUGAUUGAAGCGCACCAAAAAGUAGCGGAAAAGCAUAGAGCGGAGGGUGGAAAGCGCCAUUCAGCAGUUGCUGAACGAGAUUCACGUACGGGUCACUUGUGAGGGCUGUGUGGGACGUGCUUGGUGGUGGGAGGUGCCUGUCGCUGAGUGAGCCAUGAGUACUAUGAAGUUUUGCCGAGAGUGUAACAACAUCUUAUAUCCCCGAGAAAAUAAGGCUGAGAAGCGGUUGGAGUAUGCCUGCGGGCGGUGCGACUUUUCGGAGGAUGCAGAGCAGUCCUGCGUGUACCGCAACGAGAUUCACCAUACCGCAGAUGAGAGAACCCAGGUCUUGCAGGACGUGACGUCAGAUCCGACCUUACCCCGAAGUAAAGCAUUGCGCUGCCCAGUUUGCAAGCAUGGGGAGGCUGUUUUCUUCCAGGCCACGAGUCGAGGAGAGGAGGGUAUGACCUUGUUUUUCGUUUGUUGCAAUCCGAACUGUCAACACCGGUGGCGGGAUCAAUAGGUACUGAUUCACAGUAGAAUUGGAUUGUUGUCACAGACUAUGAUCACUAGAUUAAGCAGAGCAGGUUGAAGAGGAGAGCAGGUGGUCCGGUUUAGCAAGGUCUGAGUUGUGUUUUUACUGACAUUAUAUUGUGGCGGCCCUAUUCAAGAGUCAGCUGCGCCGCUGAGCCUCGGAGUGAGCUGGUGUAUGAGAAUUGAGUAAACGUUGUGUUAGCUGAUUUGAACAGCCUUACACGAUUGAAGCAGCGCGCGCGAAACCUUUUACAAACGAAGCAACCCGCAACAUCUAUGUCACGUAUAGACAUGACGUUGGGUCAGCCGCGCUCAGUGCUGCCUGCAGAUCAAGGAUAUUUGAAAGAUUGAGCCUAAAUAGGAUUUUAUAUGUGUAUAGGCAUGCAUGAACC